AAAUACAAGAUGGCCGCUUCCGGGUUGUACAUGUAUGGCGCUCAUGAAGUCAUUAUAUUUUUAUUCAUUGUGUGUGUCUUUUGCGAUGUUGUGGUACUGGCAACUGACGCCUGGGAACUUGAAUGUGAAGAUCUUCUAAUGGGACAGUAUUAUUGUAGUAAACCUGACAUUGACCCUGAUACACAGGCACCCGAGGGAUGCACUAAAGAAAGUACUGUGGCAGUGAACUGUUUUCCUGCACCAAAUAUCACAUGUAGUGGUGUUACGUACAAUGGUACGCAGGUUGGCUUUCAAAAGAAUGUACCAUGUAGAUAUACUAAUGGGGUCUACUAUGAAGUAUCUGUGCUGUUAUCAAUAUUUCUUGGAAUGUUUGGCAUUGAUAGAUUUUACCUUGGAUAUCCAGCUAUUGGUCUCCUCAAAUUUUGUACAUUAGGAUUUUUCUUUCUUGGUCAACUUAUUGAUGUUAUUCUCAUAGCAUCUCAGGUUGUUGGCCCAGCAGAUGGUUCUGAAUACAUUAUAGAUGCCUUUGGAGCAAGGCUGAUUCAUAUAACACUUGAUAAUGAGACCUUUUACAAACCACCUGAUUAUUGGUGAUUAUUGGCACCUACCGGGACAAAUUGAUAUUACAACAUUCAUUUACAACAAUGCAAAGCAUUUUCACAAACAAAGCAGUUCAGAGAAGAUGCCAAGCAUGUCUGGAAAUGCAGAAUUGGAGUAGUUUUUCAGGAUCAGUGAAGGCAGACGGCUGUGUGUGUAUUUCAUGGUAGAAAAAAACACAGAUUUGAACAUGAUUGUGACUGUAUAUAUUGUGAUGGACAAAGUAGAGCUGGGCUCUACAUGUAUUUUGUGAUUACCAAACACAGAGUGAAAACAGGGUUGUAUAUCUGGAAUAGCUCACAAACUGAUGCAAGUUUGUAUCUAUUGCUGGCUAUAUCAUGAUGUUGAUAACUAAAUGAUAAAAUGACACAUUGAAGCAAGACUAACCUAUAUCAGUGAUUCUGCUUAAUUGCAUAUGUUUUGAAUGUAAACUAUUAAAUAUUUAUUAUUCAAUUUU